AAAAAGCAUUAUUUCUUUCUUUCGUUCAUUUUGUGCUUUAUUUAUUGUCUUUAUAUCUCAGAACCUCUUUCUCUUUCUCUCUCUCCCAACGAUGCAAGUUUUGCAGAACCGAUCAACGUUUUUCAACCACGGCAUUUCAACGCAUCUCAAUACUUUUGCGCCUGAUCGCUACUCUUAACCUCUUUUUGUUCCAUUUUCAAGAUUUUGUUGUAACCGAAGAAACGAUUUCGGGAAGAAUUAAAUUGAAGCAAAACGUGUUGUUGAGGAAUCUGGUUUUGUCUUAAAUUGAAGAAAUUAAGGUUGAUCGGAAGGAACAAUGUCUGGUCGGAGUGAACACCAAAAAUCCGUUCCCCUUUCGGUUCUCUUGAAGCGUGAAUUGGCGAAUGAGAAAAUCGAGAAACCUGAUAUGGUAGUUGUUUAUGGCCAUGCUAGUGAGAACAAGAAAGGAGAGGAUUUCAUUUUACUAAAGACCGAAUGCCAAAGAGUUGUGGCAGAUGGUGUUUCUACGUAUUCUGUUUUUGGGCUAUUUGAUGGACACAAUGGAUCUGCUGCUGCUAUUUAUGCCAAGGAGAAUCUUCUGAACAAUGUUUUAUGUGCCAUUCCUCCAGAUCUCAACAGAGAUGAGUGGGUAGCAGCAUUGCCCAGGGCUUUGGUUGCUGGCUUUGUAAAAACUGAUAAAGAUUUUCAACAGAAAGCAAGGACAUCUGGAACAACUGUAACCUUUGUGAUUAUAGAAGGAUGGGUUAUAACAGUUGCAUCUGUUGGUGAUUCCCGUUGCGUACUUGAACCUUCUGAAGGUGGGAGUCAUGACUUGUCAGCAGAUCAUCGACUAGAAACCAAUGAAGAGGAGAGGGUGCGCAUCAGUUCUAGUGGAGGUGAAGUUGGUCGGCUAAAUACAGGUGGAGGUGCAGAGGUUGGUCCGUUGAGAUGUUGGCCUGGUGGCUUGUGUCUCUCUCGAUCCAUUGGUGAUAUGGAUGUUGGCGAAUUUAUUGUCCCUGUACCAUAUGUAAAGCAAGUGAAGCUUUCCACUGCUGGAGGAAGGCUUAUUAUCUGCAGUGAUGGAGUCUGGGAUGCUCUAACUGCAGAAAUGGUCCUUGAUUGUUGUCGUGGGAUGUCAGCGGAGGCUGCCGCACCACAUAUUGUAAAAGAAUCUCUGCAAGCAAAGGGACUUAGAGACGACACAACCUGCAUCGUGGUCGACAUAUUACCCCAGGAGAAGCCACCUACUUCUGUACCAACACUAAAGAGACCGGUCAAAGGAAUGUUGAAAGCCAUUUUUCGCAAAAAAUCCUCUCAGUCACCAUAUAUUGAAAAAGAAUACGUUGAACCAGAUAUAGUACAGGAACUAUACGAAGAAGGAUCUGCUAUGCUUUCAGAAAGGUUAGAAACAAAAUAUCCACUCUGCAACAUGUUCAAGUUGUUCGUGUGUGCAGUGUGUCAAAUAGAGAUUAAACCUGGGGAGGGUAUUUCAGUACAUGAAGGUACAGAUAAACCAGGAAAAUUGCGUCCCUGGGAUGGACCUUUCCUUUGUUUAAGUUGCCAAGAGAAGAAAGAAGCCAUGGAAGGGAAACGAACCUCAGAUAGACUUAGCAGUGGAAGUGACUAAUGAAUUAUCAUGUACAUAUGCAUUUUGAGAGUGACAAAGAUUGUUCAUAAAACGCGAAUGUCAAACUUCCAAGCGACUGUGACUCCCUUUAUUUCCUCGGGGGCUUCUCAGAAUACGAAUUCAUUUUGAAAUCUUCUUAGAUUGUUCAUAUGGAUUUUCAUGUGUUUUUCAAUGUACAGAGACAGGAGACUAACAAUAGCCAACCUGUUAGAAUAUUUCUGUGACUUGGAAAUGUGGAAUAUGUACCACACUAGCGUGUCGAAAGGUUCUGUUAAAAGUUGGAAUGCACAACAUGAUGUCGGAGGUGAUUCAUUCUUUGUCUUAUAUUCCUUUUUUGUUUCUAGAUCCGUUCAUUUGUAUAUGGAUCUUGUCAAAUCACAAAAUGGAUCUUAAAUGGAAGAACCCUUGCUGUAUUACGCAAUAAGAAGUUUAUUUAGACAUCACAGACCAAUUCCACAAACCCAGUAAUAGAUUAGACGUACAUUGAGCCUUCUGAAUGAUUUAUUGUUGUAGCAUUACAUUCUGUUAGUUCCUUUUACCAAAACGAAUAUUAACAUUUUGUAAUAUAAAUGACUAGAAAUAGUGAAUGUUUCUUACAGCCCA